AUGAAAUUAAUAUAUAUCUCAUUAUUGACUUCUAUAUUGUGGCAUCCAAUUUGUUAUCUGAUUGAUUAAAUGAUAGAGGAUUAUGAUAAAUCAACUGAAUUAGUGACAGUUAGUCAUUUUUUGAAACAUGCUAUUAGAUGGGAUAGUUUGUUUUAUAUUGAAAUAAUGGAAAAUGAUUACAGAUAUUUUAAAAAUCAUGCAUUUGGAUAUGGAAUAGUAUUAUUAGGUAAAGUCUUUUCAAAUUCUUUAAUUUGGCUAUUGAUUUUAUAAAAAAUAUGCAAUGCGAUUUCAACAUAAUUAAUUUACAAGAUUAGUAUGCAUUAUUCAAAUAAUAAUCAAAAAUUCUCUUAAUUAUCAGCUUUAUUAUUUAUUUUUACUCCAGCAUCAGUAUUUUUUAAUUCCCUAUAUACAGAAUCAUUUUUUGCAUUUUUGGUAUUAGUUGCAAUAUAUUUAUAAAUCAAACAAAAGACUUAUCAAAGUUCUAUAGUAUUUGCAUUAUCAAUUCAUUUAAGAUCGAAUGGUAUGUUUUUCAUUCUUUAUUCUGGAUAUCCUUAUCUAGUAAAAGCCAUAAUUUAAUUGAAAGAUAAGAAAUUCAAAUAAGUUAUUGCAACAAUUAUAGAAGCUAUUCCUAUUGCUUUAAUAUAUUUGAUCAGUAUUGGAAUAAUGUUAUAUUUACCAUAUAAGAAUUAUUGUUAAUAAAAUGAGAUGGAAUGGUGUAAAAGCAUAAUACCAUAUGCAUAUGGAUAUAUAUAAGUAAAUAUAAUAUAUAAUCAUUUAGAAAAACUUUUGGGAUGUGAGUUUCUUAUCAUCAUACAAAAUAAGGAAAUUAUUCUUCAUUUAUUGGGGGAUUUAAGGUAUAUUGAUUUAAGGAUUUUGGUUAUAUAAAUGGAUGACUAAAUAAUGUACAAUUAAGAAUAAUAUUUAAGGAAUUUCAAUAAUAUUACCUACAAUAAUUUUAUUCAUAAUUACAACAUUUAUUGCUCAUAUAAAUUGUAGUACAAGAUUUUUUAGUACUUAAAUUCCAUUUUAUUGGUGUUUAGCUGAUCUUUUUUAUAAAAAGAAUGGUAAAAUAAAUAAAUGGGUAUUAUUUUAUAUAUUGGAAUUUAAUUUGGGAGGAUUGAUUCUUUUUACAAAUUAUUUAUUAUGGGCUUGA